AUGCUGUCUGUUAUAUAUCGCGUCAAGUUCAUUGUAAAGCCAAUCUUUUUUAUAUACCAUUUGUUGUAUAGGAUAUUUUGGUCUGGAUUGAAUGGACGUAAUAUAUUUCAGUUGGUCUUAAACUUUUCCAUCAACUUUUCACCAGUAUUCAUAUGGCUAAUGAUAUUUAAGAAUGCCGGAUUGAUUCCUAAAAGCAUCAGGCCAUCUAUUCAUGUUGAAGCUGCAAUGAAGCUCGACGAGUUUAUUUUUAACUUCAGGGAUGUUCCCUUUGGUUCCGCCAUUUCCUUCCUUAUAUUGUUGAUGGUCUCCUACCUAUUUUACAAGUUGAUUUAUUCCAAGAAGUGCCUGACAUCUUAUUACUAUCAAAAAGAGAUUUACGCUUUGAAUAAUAGACUGCCCCCCUCAUCUUCUGAAUCGAGUAUUAGCACAAUUUUAGACUUAGAGGAAAACUCGGAAUAUGAACUUUCUAAUCUUCAAGAAUUCGAUUCUGGCUACUUAUCACCUGCUCCUGGUGACUUUCAAGAAGAUAGGCAUAUAGGGGAUUUAGAAUAUUUUGCCACUUCGUCAUACAAUUCCAUAUCAUCAAGUGCAUCUUUAAUUAGCAAAAAAAUUUUACAUCAUAUGAAACCAGGAAAGUCUUAUAGGCCAUAUAAUUGUUGGUAUCUUGCGCCUCCGUUAUUAUUGGCGUUUAGUUGGCUUCUUCUCAAUAUUGCAUAUGUGUUAAAAGAUAAUAUUAACUCAAAAAAAGACAUCUUAGCAUGGUUUUCCUAUGUUAUAUGCCACUUUUUUGUCCCCCUUUUCACAGCCAUUUGGCUCUAUGUUUUCCACGCUCCAGGAGCAUUGAAAUUAUUCUCAUUUGGUCUCGGAAUGCAAAACAUCGCAGGGGUUUUGACCCACUUACUCUUUCCCACAGCGCCGCCCUGGUAUAUACAUUUGGAUGACAAAAACAAAACGGCUUCAUAUGACUUUCCUGGUUAUGCCGCUGGAUUAACUAGAGUCGAUAUGGCAAUGGGCACUCACAUGCAUUCAAAGGGUUUCCAUAUGUCACCAAUUGUGUUUGGUGCGGUUCCAUCAUUACAUUCGGCCAUGGCCACAAUGGUAUUUUUCUUCAUCAGUUAUUAUUCACGCUGGAACAUCCUCAAGGUCUUAGCAUUAUGCUUUGUCGUACUUCAGUGGUGGGCUACGAUAUACCUUGACCAUCAUUGGAGAGUAGACUUACUCAUUGGAAUGUUUUAUUCGAUCAUAGCAUACACCAUUCUCUUCAGAUCGAAAAGAGGCUUAAAAAAAGUUGAUAGAGACUUUGUAAAAGCUAAACUUCGCUUCGACUUCAAGCGUGGUAGUACGAUGGGUAUGAGAACCUUCAGGAAUACGAAAUUGCAAAAUUUCUUUGAUCCUUUAUCGUGA